AUGUCACCCCAAGGUACCAAUGACGUGCAAAGUAACCAACUAAACACAAUGGCCACUGAUGCUCCUGCAGGAGAUCCUAGUUCUUUGACAGUCGCUAGUAAUGAUAAUAGAAAAGUCUCCCGCGAAGACAUUGAACUUGUCCAGAAUUUAAUAGAGCGCUGUCUGCAGCUAUACAUGACCAAAGGAGAGGUUGUUAGGACACUUUCUGCUCGUGCGAGAAUAGAACCUGGCUUCACAACUUUAGUAUGGCAGAAACUUGAAGAAGAGAACCCUGAAUUCUUUCGGGCUUACUAUAUAAGAUUGAAACUGAAAAGACAGAUUAUCUUGUUCAACCAUUUGUUGCAGCACCAGUGUAAUUUGAUGAAAUAUCCAGCACAUCCGAACGUUCCACUGGCUCCAAUGCAAAAUGGGAUGCAUCCUAUGCCAGUUAACAAUCUACCGAUGGGGUAUCCAGUACUUCAGCAACCUCUGAUGCCUGCUCCCGGCCAGCCUCGCAUUGAUCCGAUGGUUUGUGGUCUAUCCAGCGGUCAUGUGGUGAAUGGGAUCCCUGCACCAGGUGGCUAUCAACCAAUUCGCAUGAACUCCGGAAACGACAUGGUUGUUGACAACGGUGCACCUGAAGUUGCACAUAAUGGUGCCAUGUCAUCUGAGAUGGCUGUGAGUCCCUCAUCGGCAGCAUCAAGCAACCAUGCUCCUUUCACUCCGUCGGAAAUACCAGGGAUGGCCAUGGAUACAUCGAUGCUAGAUUCAGCAUUUGGAUCUGACAUAGGGAACACAGAACCUCUGCAAUUAGGGCCAGAUGGGUCGUCAAGGGAUUCCAUCCGAUCCUUGGGGCAGCUCUGGAAUUUCAGCCUCUCUGAUCUUACAGCUGAUUUGACAAGUUUAGGAGAUUUGGAGGCUCUUGAGAACUACGAAGGUACCCCUUUCCUGCCCUCGGACUCGGACCUCUUACUUGAUUCCCCAGACCAUAAUGAUGACAUAGUUGAGUACUUCGCCGACGCCAUCAAUGGGACUCAGUCAGACGAAGAGAACAAUCUAUUCAUCAAUCAUGGCAGUACAGAGAACACAAGAGAUAAUAAAAAUUACAACUAG